AUGAUUCAGCAAGUGAAUUCAAAGAGAAGAGACAAAGAAUUUGCAGAAGGGGAUUGGGUUUACCUGAAGCUUCAACCUUAUCGUCAAGUGUCAGUGCACCGCCGUUCUUCUCAAAAGCUUGCAAAGCGGUUUUACGGACCCUUUUGCAUCCUUCACCGUAUAGGACCAGUGGCAUACGAGCUGGAAUUACCCUCUACAGUGCGCAUCCACCCUGUAUUUCAUGUUUCACUUCUGAAACCCUGCAUCAAAACACCAGACACGCAAAUCCUUCCUCUUCCUGUGACAGUCGUCGUCGCACCUUCUGGAACCAAACCCCAAGCAAUUAUUGGUCGCCGUACGAUACCUCAGGAGCACGAUUCAAGGGAAGAAGUCCUGGUACACUGGGAGGGACAAAUGCCAGCUGAAGCUACUUGGGAAUCUAGGGCUGCCAUCGUGCGUUCCUUUCCUGACUUUGAUCUUAAGGGCAAGAUCUAUUUUGGAGAUAUGGGUAAUGAUACGAAUAGGCCAGAAAUUGAGCAUGAACCUAUCUCCAAUAGUGGGCCUUCCAUUGCUGCAAACAGGCCCAAACGAAUUGUGAAGCCUCCUGCACAUCACAAAUAUUAUGUUUAG